AUGCUGGAUGAACUAAGGAAACUCAAUCAGUUAAGCCUUGAUGAAGAUAACGCCUCUGCCCAGGCAGCCCUGCAGGCGGCCCAAGCCCUAAGCGGGCACACGGAGACUCAAGGCGGCCCGAACACUGUCCUUCGCGUGGUCAUAGAGCACAUGCUCUACCCGGUCACGCUGGAAGUACUCUACCAGAGCCCAUUAAUAAGACGAAACGGUGGCCUGAAUUGGGUGAGAACGAUUUACCUCUAG